AGUGCCGAUUGGCGGAGGGGGCGAAUGGCCUGAAGCCCCUGCUGCUAUGCUAGUGUUGUCUGCGCGCGCAUCGCGGUUCCGUUUCCGCCGAGUUUAAUAUCGCUCCCCGCCCCCUUUGCGCCUUGUUUUUCCGGUGUAUAUUUGAGGAAUAAUGGCGAUAACGAGGCGCCGGAUACCCGCCCCAAAUAAAUACACGUGGUUUAAAGUUAUGGAAGAAUUGACUGGUCCCAAUGUACAGGUUGUACUUGGUAUUAAAGAAGGGAAUGGAUUCAGCCAGCUUGAAAAUCCAACAGUUAUUGUUGCGACGCUGAACGGACACUCGUUGGAAACUGACCUUGUAGAUCCUGACCUACAUCCGCAAUACGCGACCGAUUUAGUAUGGGAUGCGGACAAGAGCGGAGUGCGAAAAAUGAGAGUGGACCAUGUUCCAUUGAAACUAGAAUGUUUUGCAGUCGACGACAGCGGAUUACGAGAAAAAAUUGGAUACAUUUUACUCCCUCUGAGAUCGGCGCAAAUAAUACCUCGGGACAAAAGCACAAAUGUUAAAGUUAGUUGGCACAAGCUUCUCGGAGUCAAAUCAGAGCUGAGAGUAUCUGUUCCGGAAAUACUUCUUAGUCUAACCAUAGAAGAUAGGGAAAUGGUCUCGGGCCAAAGUUACAGCAACAUUCAGCAAAAGGCAGAACUAGAAAUGGAAUCUACCCUGUCAACUGUAAGUGCAACACCUAGGCUACUACAUGAAGAACGCUUGAUACAACUGGGUCCAGAUUCAACAUCUCGAGAUCUCUUUCUUUUGAGUAUCAUAGCUGGAAAAGCUGACCAUUUAGAAUACCUCGUUCAAAGGGGCGUUAACGAUCUCAGAGAAAAUUUCAGCUUCUGGUAUCAAAUAUUGAACAACGAUAUACAACUAAAAUCGUUCAAAAAACUGCCUGACAAAUCUCAUACUCUAAAUGAAAAAAUAGUAAUUCGAAUACGCAGUUGUCUCAAUGUAUUGAAGCACUAUUUUCAAGAGAAUCCCUACCUGCUUGUGAAACUUCAGUAUGGCAACACUCUUGUUGGGCAAUGCAAAGUGGACCUUCGUCCCCUAGUUCCAAGUGAAAAUAUCACAGAUUAUUCUAACAAUUCCGGUGAUACUAGUAUGGCCUUAGACCAGCAGUGUUAUCUAGCAAUGGAUAAUGUCACAGAAUCUAUUCCGAAAGGAAAAACGCCAUCUGUAGAAAUUCAAUUACGACUUCAAUAUGUUGGAUACAAGAGCGUGAAUUCAAAGAGUCAUAUAAAGUCUCAAGAUCCGAGUUCAAAUGUAGGUGCCGAAAAUUAUGAUGUCGCAUCUUACUUGGCUGGUAAUAGUUGGGUUCAACAUGCUGAUUUGGAUAUCAAGGAUAGCCAUCAUUAUCGUAAUUCAGUUGAUAAAACAAAAUCAGAAAUUGAAGCACACAGAAAUCCUGGAGGUGAUUUUGGGAAAUGCAUUAGUCUUAAUCAACCGGUUGGGCAUUUCAAAAAUCCAAACAAACAUUCAUCGAGUUGUGAAGUCAUCAAAGAACAAGCAGCUGAUGUGAUCUUUUCUCACUCUGCGGAUGCAAUAUUGCACUCAGGCUCUAAUAAAGAAUGUUCAAGAAGCAUCAAAGCAUACCACUGCUACUGCUUGAGCAUUUUACUAGAAAGUAUAAAAUUUUCACAAGAAUUGGAGACAGAGAAUAUUAAUUUUUGUUUUCAUCACCCAAAAGCACAACUUGUGUCGACUUUGCAACGAAAAAUUCCUGGACUGUCAACAAAAAAAUUGUCUCUGCAAGAUAUUCAAUGCAAAUUACACUUCGUAUCAUCCGCAGAUGAGAUAGGAAAGCUUUUAAUAUCGUUUCCACCUAGAGUUAGUAUUUGCAAUGCUGAAGAUAACGUUGAAGUUUGCUUGGCUCAAGCUGUUCUUGACGUUACACAGUUAUUCAACAAAAGUAAGCCACAGUGUAAACUCGGAGUGCCACUACUUGGCUCAGACGAAAAAGAAAUUGGAAUUUUGGAUGUAAAAAUGAGUUUAGAAGAUUGUGGCCCUUACCACAGAACAAAAAGAGGAAAAACUGACGAAGACCUGGGUCCUCCAAUAUUAGACGACAGUUUGGCAUAUAAAAUUGUUGAAGAAUUGGAAACUUGGAAGGAGAGACAGCAGGAAAUAUUUCGAGUUGAGCUGAAACGAAAAGAAGAACGACAUUUGAAUUUGUUGAGCGACGAGUGGCAAAAACGCAGACAGGCGUUGGAAACUAAAUUAGCUUGUAGUGUGGAACAAUGCAAAAUGUUAGCUAAUAGUUUGAAUAAUGCUACCGAAGAUUUACGAAUUAGAAGACUUAAGAGUUUGGAAAAAGAGGCUAGGCUAAUCAAAGCUAAUGAAGAUUUACAAUGGAGAUAUGAUCACAAGCUACAGGAGCUGCGGGAAGCUUCGCAGCGCUUACAGGAUGAUCUCAAUCAUAAGUUAUCCAUCUUAGAAGAACAAAAAAACGUGCUCGAGGCGAAAGUGGAACCAUUACAAUUAGAAAACGAUAAAUUGAAAAACAUCGUCAGUCAGCUAACAGAGGAACUGGAAGUUUAUCAGAAGGGAUCACUGACGCAAGAUCAAACAGCUUUGUUGCUACAAGAGCUUAAAGGAAUGGAAGAAAAAUUGAAUAACACUCAGAAGAGUAAAUCCUUCUUUAAAGAGCAAUGGGGCAAAGCUGUGAGAGAGAUUCACAGAAUGAAAAUGGAUCAUCAGCAAGCGGUAGAAGUUCAUAUCAAAAAUAGCAAGGAAGAGUUGAAAAAUAUUCACUUGGAAGACGUUCUAUGCACAGACUCGAAAGAAUUAUUGAAUGAUCAAAUACUACUUGGUGAGAUACAACAGGAAAUCAAUGUAAUCAAACCUAAACCUGCCUUCAUGCAGAUGAAUAUGGAUGACCAAGCGUUUAUACGACCUUCAAACUUAUAUUCUAAGUCUAGCCAUAGCAUGGCUAGAUCAGAAAUGUCAGCCAGAUCUGAAGAAAUCGAUGAAAAAUUGAAAAAUUUAAUUGAAGAACGCGACUCUCUCUUAAAAACGGGUAGCUAUUCAAUAGACGAUACGGUUAUUAUGAAACUCAACAACGAAAUUAGAUCUCUUUUAAUUACGAGCUGAAAU